AUGCUUUAUCGCCUAAAUGCAAUGUUAUCUUCGUUCGCAACAGCAUCCUCGUCGCCACACGAAACGUCCUCAUCUUGGUGGAAGUUCAGUUUCACAACGGGUUCAUGUGCAGCACUAGCGGCAAGUUUCUUUCAGUCACCUGAGGACUCAUCAACAUCGAAUGUUGUUGAUAAAUUUUUAUUAAAUCAAAUGAUUAGUAAGGGAGCUUACACAAAUGGUUUUCACCAUGACGAACCAUUACGGAUUCUUCUAUUUGCCGAAAGUUUUCCAUCGUUCACUAGUGGCAUAACACGUCGAUUCAAAGAAAUUAUUCGACGUUUAGCUAACCGAAAACAUCAUAUUCACGUAAUUACUGGUUGCAAAAAUGCUUUGACAUGGGUUGAAGGAAACGAUAUACUUCAGACCUAUGUUACAUUCUCCUCAUUGCCAUCAACUGAAUUUACCAACAAAAUCGACUGUGCUUGCCCGUUUCUUUUUCCUAAUCCAACUAUGUAUUCAGCGAUUCGUCGAUUUUCACCUGAUGUCAUUCAUAUUGUUGAACAAACACCAGCAGCCAUGUUUUGUGGUGCCAUUGCUAAAUCUCUCAAUAUCCCGAUCGUGUGGUCAUCACAUACCAAUAUCGACUUCUACCUUUCAACUUACAUGCGUUCGUACGCUGUGACUAUGACUCGAUCUCUGUACCAAUUCAUUCGCUUGAAACACUUAAUCUAUUCAUCAGCCAAUUUAACAGUUAGUAAAGAUUUUGCCGAAUUUAUGGAAAACACAGGUAUACCUCGGCCAGUUAUUGUUUGGAAGACUGGUGUCGAUUCUGAACUAUUCAACCCUAAUCGACGUUCACAAUCGAUGCGUUACCGUAUGUUUGGAACAUACAAUAACUUUACUGAACAACAAAUGGAUUCGAUAACGCUAUUUCUUUGCGUCGGUCGAAUAUCUCCGGAGAAGAAUUUCGAAUUUCUAUCACUUGUAUUAGAUCGCAUACAAAAUCAAACAUUUCUCUGUAUUAUUGGUGAUGGUCCAUAUCGACAAACCUUAGAACCCGUAUUUCCCAAAGAUCGCGUAUACUUUUUUGGUUAUCUCGGCGGAGAAGAGCUAGCGAGCGCGUAUGCAAGUGCUGAUUAUUUUCUGUAUGCAUCAGUUAGUGAAACAUUCGGACAAGUUUACUUAGAAGCUAUGGCGAGUGGAACACCAGUGGUCGCAGCAGAAGGUGGACAAUUGAAAGAAUUCUUUGUCAAUGGUGAACACGGAUAUUUAUGGAAACCAGAUGAUCUAGAUUCAGCCGAAGAAGCUGUCCGUCGUGCUAUGAAAGAUCGCGAGUAUUUGUCGAUAAAAGCACAACAACAAGCAUUGAAACAUUCAUGGGAUUCUGCUAGUGAUCAAUUGAAUGAAAUCUAUUACGAUGCUGUAACACAAAGACGUAAGCAGAAUGCGAAGAAGACAAUGAAUAUAUUCAUCACUGGUAUACGUUUGUUUUAUUACGGACUGAUUUGGUUGAUAUUGAUGUUACUUGCGUUACUUUUCAUGGCACCAUUUGUCAAAGUUUCGUCGCCACUAACCAAUUCUAUACAAAAGAAUGAUAGAAAUAAUAAUAGCUGUUAUCAAAAUAAACAUAAUUCAGUAGUGACAAAAGACUCUUCCUCUUCGAGAUAA